AUCUUUCGGACUGUAAAACUUUGUUAAAGUUUUAGUCCACAUGUUUCAGCGCUUGUUUUACCAGCGAGUGUCUGAAGACUCAAGGAACUAGUAAUGGACCAGAACCUGUUUGGAGGGGCCCCCAGGUUCCUCACGCGGCCCAAGGCAUUCGCAGUGUGCGUGGGAAAGGAUGCCACCUUGAGCUGCACCAUCGUGGGCAACCCCACCCCACUGAUUACCUGGGAAAAGGAGAAGCUACGUCUGACCUCUGGGGGCCGUUUCAAGAUGGUGGAUGAUGGUGACGUCUACCGCCUCACCAUCUACGAUCUAACCCUGGAGGACAGCGGCCAGUACAUGUGCCGGGCCAAAAACAAUGUUGGGGAAGCAUAUGCAUGCGUAACCCUUCACGUAGGCCUUCCACAGGAGAUGGUGGCGAGGGCCCCCGUCUUUAUGGUCAAGCCUACCACCGCACGUGUAGGCCUGGGGGGUGACGUUGUCUUCCACUGCCGGGUUGCGGCUUACCCAGAGCCCAAAUUUGACUGGGAGAAGGACGGGCGUUACCUGGCCGAGACGAACCGCAUCAAGGUGACCUCGGACAGUGACAGCAGCUCUCUGAGGAUCCAGAGCGUGCGCAGCCUGGACAGCGGCACAUACACCUGCCGCGCCCAGAAUUCGGUAGGACGUUCUAACUCCGCUGCCGCCUUGGUCGUAGACACCCAGGACUCCCAUCACCUGGGCCAUGACAAGAGCACCUCCCUCCUCUCCCACCUGCAGAAGCGUAAAGAAGGGAUCUCCAUCUACUGCACCGCCGAGAACAGCAGCUCCACUUCCAACUCCACCACCACCUCCUCGACCGCCACCACUAUGGUCACAGACGGGCUGAGCCUUCUGGGUCUAGACCACAGCAGCGCAGCACUGGUCAGCCAUCUGCCCAAAGGCGUCUUCACCCGCACCUGCACGGUGACUGAAGGCAAGCACGCCAAACUCAGCUGCUUCGUGACGGGCCACCCCAAGCCUCAUAUCAUCUGGAGGAAGGAUGCGAGGAACAUCGGCGAGGGACGCAGACAGAUCAUGUAUGAGGACCAGGCCGAGAACUUCAUCCUCAAGAUCCUGUACUGCAAACAGAGGGACAAUGGCCUGUACACCUGUAACGCCUCCAAUAUGGCUGGACACACCUACAGUGCCGUGCUGGUGAUAGUUAAAGAGCCCAAGGUGCCGUUCAGGAGGAAGCUGCAGGAUGUGGAGGUCCAGGAGAAGAUGACGGCCACGCUGCUGUGUGAGGUGCCCGUCUCGGCCACACAGGCCAGCUGGUUCAUGGAGGAGACGCGACUGGAGGCCUGCUCCAAGUACCGCAUGGAGGAGGAGGGCACCGUGCGCCGCCUCACCAUCCACAACGUCACCACCAAUGAUGAUGCCGUCUACAUCUGCGAGAUGAAGGAGGGGAGCCGCACCGUGGCCGAGCUCACUGUGCUGGGCAACAUCACGAAGAAGCUGCCCAGAAGGACUGUAGUGCCGGUGAGUGAUACAGUGAUCUUCUGCGUUGAGCUGGAGCACCCCUGUUCUGAUGCCUACUGGACACGCAAUGGCGAGCGUCUGAAACCGGACACACGCAUAUUAAUUGCGUGCACCCUCAGACAGUACACGUUAACCAUCAGCCACUGCCAGGCCGACGACUCAGGAGAGGUGGCCUUCAUGGCUGGAGACUGCAAGACCUCCACACGAUUCUCUGUAACGGCUGCCAGAAAGCAUCCUCCCGAUCCCCCCAUCGACGUGGUGGUGCGCAACAAGACUGACUCGUCCAUCACCCUCCACUGGUCCCCCCCAGACAGUGACCGCCCUGUGCCUAUCAAGGGGUACAUGGUAGAGAGGAGGAAGGUGGGUGCCCAGACCUGGCAGAGGUGCAAUGGCAUGGAGAUCAGCCCCUUUACUGAAAUCACAAUCCAGAAUUUCACAGAGGAGGCCAGCUACCAGUUCCGCAUUUCUGCAGUCAACAACUAUGGCCAGAGCCAAUACCUGGAGGUGCCCGGGACCUUCUACCUCGAGUCCAGUGCAGAGGUGAAAACAGGCCUGAUGAACAGCACAGCCAUCUCAGGCGAGGAGGCCUCACUCUCCGUGGAUCUGUCUGGCGUGUGCUCUGGCUUCUGGUCUAUCAACGGACGCCUCCUGCGUAGUGGUGGUGACUACCUCAUCACCCGCCAAAAGACCACACACACGCUGACGAUCCGGACGGUCUUGAUGGAGAUGAACGGAGCCGUGGUCAAAUUUGUGGGCGGUGGCUCUGAGAGCACUUGUAUACUCAAAGUGAAGGCUCCACCUAUCCGGUUCACCAGUAAGUCAGCUCACACUGAGGUGGUGACCUGCAGCGCCCAGUCCUCCGCCCAGCUGACUACAGAGGUGUCCGAUUACGAUGCCCAGGUGGUCUGGAUGAAGAAUGGACGGGAGCUGAAGAUGGGCAAGAAGUAUGAGUGUAUAACCACUGACCACAAGAGGAUCCUGAUGGUACACAAUGUCACUGAAGAGGACAUGGGCAUCUAUGAGUGUGUCCUAAACGAAGACACAAUGUCCCUGCAGCUUUCUCUAAAAGAUGAAGCCAAAUUCCUGAACAAGCCCAGGGGUCCCAUGGGGGUGGCACCUGCCCUCAGUGGGCACCUUGAGUUGAACUGUGAGGUGUCGUCUGCCAGCGGGGUGGUGGUGUGGAGGAAGGAUCAGACAGUGGUCAUUGAGGACCAAAGAACCACCAUUGUCUCCAAAGGGACACAGAGGAGACUGGUCAUCAAGAACGCCAAGAAGAGUGACGAGGGACACUACUCCUGCGAGACAGCGGAGGACAAAGUCACAUUCCAGGUCAAGAUAAAAGAAGUCCAACAGGCUGCCUUCACCAAUAAGGAGUCUGUACAGAGAGAGGUGAAAGCUACUCUCUCCCAGAAAGCUACUCUGAGCUGUGAGGUGUCAGAUACCAAGACGGAGGUGAAAUGGUACAAGGAUGGCAAACAGAUCAUUGCAAGUAAAACAGUCUCCAUGGAGACAAAGGGCAAGAGUCGUCUGUUGGUAGUAGACAAAAUGGAGAAGAAGGAUGCUGGAGAGUACACCUGUGAAGCUGGAACAGAGAAGCUGGUCUUUAAAAUACAUGUGUCAGAAGCCCAAAAGGCUGCCUUCACCAACAAGGAGUCUGUACAGAGAGAGGUGAAAGCUACUCUCUCCCAGAAAGCCACUCUGAGCUGUGAGGUGUCAGAUACCAAGACGGAGGUGAAAUGGUACAAGGAUGGCAAGCUGCUGACUUCCAGUAAGACAGUCUCCAUGGAGACAAAGGGCAAGACUCGUCAGCUGGUGAUAGAGAAGGUGGAGAAGAAGGAUACUGGAGAGUACACCUGUGAGGUUGGAGCAGAGAAGCUGGUCUAUAAGAUACAGGUGACAGAAGCCCAGGCUGCCUUCUCCAAUAAGGACUCUGUACAGAGAGAGGUGAAAGCUACUCUCUCCCAGAAAGCCACUCUGAGCUGUGAGGUGUCAGAUACCAAGACGGAGGUGAAAUGGUACAAGGAUGGCAAGCUGCUGACUUCCAGUAAGACAGUCUCCAUGGAGACAAAGGGCAAGACUCGUCAGCUGGUGAUAGAGAAGGUGGAGAAGAAGGAUGCUGGAGAGUACACCUGUGAGGUUGGAGCAGAGAAACUGGUCUAUAAGAUACAGGUGACAGAAGCACAACAGGCUGCCUUCACCAAUAAGGACUCUGUACAGAGAGAGGUGAAAGCUACUCUCUCCCAGAAAGCCACUCUGAGCUGUGAGGUGUCAGAUACCAAGACGGAGGUGAAAUGGUACAAGGAUGGCAAGCUGCUGACUUCCAGUAAGACAGUCUCCAUGGAGACAAAGGGCAAGACUCGUCAGCUGGUGAUAGAGAAGGUGGAGAAGAAGGAUGCUGGAGAGUACACCUGUGAGGUUGGAGCAGAGAAGCUGGUCUAUAAGAUACAGGUGACAGAAAUGAAGGCUGCUUUCUCAAAUAAGGAGUCUGUACAGAAGGAGGUGAGAGCUACUCUCUCCCAGAAAGCCACUCUGAGCUGUGAGGUGUCAGAUACCAAGACGGAGGUGAAAUGGUACAAGGAUGGCAAGCUGCUGACUUCCAGUAAGACAGUGUCCAUGGAGACAAAGGGCAAGACUCGUCAGCUGGUGAUAGAGAAGGUGGAGAAGAAGGAUGCUGGAGAGUACACCUGUGAGGUUGGAGCAGAGAAGCUGGUCUAUAAGAUACAGGUGACAGAGUUCCAGGCUGCCUUCACCAACAAGGAGUCUGUACAGAAGGAGGUGAGAGCUACUCUUUCCCAGAAAGCCACUCUGAGCUGUGAGGUGUCAGAUACCAAGACGGAGGUGAAAUGGUACAAGGAUGGCAAGCUGCUGACUUCCAGUAAGACAGUCUCCAUGGAGACAAAGGGCAAGACUCGUCAGCUGGUGAUAGAGAAGGUGGAGAAGAAGGAUGCUGGAGAGUACACCUGUGAGGUUGGAGCAGAGAAGCUGGUCUAUAAGAUACAGGUGACAGAAACUCAAGCAGCUUUCACCAACAAGGAGUCUGUACAGAAGGAGGUGAGAGCUACUCUCUCCCAGAAAGCCACUCUGAGCUGUGAGGUGUCAGAUACCAAGACGGAGGUGAAAUGGUACAAGGAUGGCAAGCUGCUGACUUCCAGUAAGACAGUCUCCAUGGAGACAAAGGGCAAGACUCGUCAGCUGGUGAUAGAGAAGGUGGAGAAGAAGGAUGCUGGAGAGUACACCUGUGAGGUUGGAGCAGAGAAGCUGGUCUAUAAGAUACAGGUGACAGAAUCCUCUGCCAAGUUUAAAAAGACUGCCGUGAAGGAUAUAUGCAAUGUUCAAGCAAGUGAGAAGAUUGUUUUGACCACUGAGCUGACUUCGGAUAGUGCCAGUGUUAAGUGGUUCAGAGAUGGAGUAGAGUUGAAGGAGGGCUCUAAGUAUGAGAUGAAGAGAGAGGGACAUUCUCGUACCCUGAUUGUGAAGUCCACUGAAGUCAAAGACAGUGGCACCUACUCUUGCCACACUGAUGAUGACAAGCUUGAGUUCAAAGUUCAAGUCAAAGAUACACCACUGAAGUUUGUGGUGCAGUUGCAGCCUGUAGCCACAGAGCUGGGUGUUACCCUGACCCUGACCUGUGAACUGAACCGAGCCUCAGGGGACGUACUCUGGCGCCACAACAGUCGUGAGGUCAAACCCGGUGGCAGGUUCUGUGUCAGCGCUGACGGUGCCAAGCGGGUCCUUUCUGUAACAGGAAUGACCAAAGAGGAUGAGGGAGAGUACAGCUGUGAAUGCAAAGAUGAUAAGACCUCUGCCAAUGUCUCCACCAAAACACCCAGAAUGGUGAAGCUGACUUCCAAGCUGAGCAGCAUCGCUGCAGUGGAGGGGAACGAUGCCAUCUUCAAGUGUAGUGUCACCCCAGCCGACGUCAAAGUAAAAUGGUUCCGCAACAAUGUGCCAAUCACUGCUAGGCCAAAGUAUAAGAUUGAGCACGGGGGCACCAGCCACUCCCUCACCAUCACGUCAGUCAGUCAGGAGGAUGCUGGGGAGAUCAGCAUGGAAGCUGAGGGCAAAACCUGCAGCGCUACCCUCCAAGUGCAACUGGAGCCGGUGAUGUUCAAGAAGAAGUUGCAGAAUGUGACGACGGUAGAGGAUCAGAAGGAGGUGAAGUUGGAGGUGGAGCUGAAUAAGCCCUCUAAAGAGGUCAGGUGGAUGAAGAACAGCGUGGUGCUGCAGCCCGGAGGCAACAUGGACAUCAGGGUGGACGGGGCCAAGCAGACCCUGGUCUUCAAGAGUGUGACUACAGCUGACCGCGGCUACUACUCCUGUGAAACUCUGGAUGACAAGACCCAGGCCAAACUCACAGUGGAUGUGCAGAAGAUUGAGGUGGUGAAGGGCCUGCUGGCGGAGGUCAAGGCCAAUGAGAAGGAGACACUGACCCUGGAGGUGGAGCUAAGUCAAGCUGACGUGGAGGGUUCCUGGACCAGGAACGGGGCCAAGCUCAAGGCAGGGUCCAACUGUCGCAUCACGACCCUUGGAAAGAAGCAUGCCCUUACACUGUCCCAACUCAAGAUGGAGGACGCAGGAACCAUUGUCUUCCAAGCGGAAGGGGUCAAGUCUUCUGGCAAGCUCAUUGUUACAGAACCUGCUGCUAUGAUCUCUAAGCCAAUGGAGGAUGUCAAAGCUCCAGAGAAGGAGAAGGCAACACUUGAGUGUGAGGUGUCCAGAACCAAUGCUGAGGUCAAGUGGUUCAAGGGUGACACGGAACUAAAACCAGGAAAGAACUUUGGCAUCCACUCCCAGGGUCGCACGCGCAGCCUCCUCAUCCAUAAAUGUUCCAAAGAGGAUGAGGGCACAUACGUCUGUCGAACGUCUGACGACAAUACAUCAGCCAAACUCACUGUACAUGCCCGAGACAUUAAGAUAGUGAAGAAGCUGGAGGAUGUGGAGGUGAUGGUGAAGGAGAGUGCAUCAUUCAUCUGUGAGAUCUCUCACGAUGAAGUGGACUGCCAGUGGUUCAAAGGCGACACCAAACUCAAAGUCAGUGACAACAUCAAGAUGAGACAAGAGGGUAAAAUCUAUGUGCUGCUGUUUAAGUCGGUGACACCAGAAGACGUGGCAGAGAUUAAAUUCACAGCUGAGAAGGCCUCUUCAACGGCCAAACUGACAGUGAAAGGCAAAACCCAAUCUGUGUCACGGGAGCUGCAGAGCGUCAGUGUUGUCUCAAGGGAGGAUGCUGUGUUCACCUGUGAGGUCACACAGACCAGCGCCACUGUGCAGUGGGCCAAGGAUGGGAAGGAGAUCAAGAAGAGUGAGAAGUAUGAGAUCAGCAAAGAGGAGAGGGUCAUGAAGUUGACCAUCCACAGCGUCACUGUCCAGGACUCUGGCGAAUAUAGUUGUGAGGUCAUCGGAGGGGCCACUACCAAGGCCAAGCUGGAGGUCAAAGAGCCAGUCCACAAGUUCACCAAGGAGCUGAAGGACAGGGAGGCAGAAGAAAAGGGCUCAGUGACCCUGCAGUGUGAGACGACCCAGCCUGCCUCCAAGGCCACCUGGUCCAAGGGAGGCGUAGAGCUCAAGGCCGGGGGACGCUGCGAGAUGACCCAGAAGGAGACCGUUCUCACCCUCACCAUUAAACAGCUGGAGGAGAAAGACAGCGGAACUUACACCUGUGACGUGGGCACCGCCAAGAUGACGGCUAAGGUGACAGUCAAAGCCUUGCCUGCCAGCUUUAUACAGAAGCUGAAGAACCAGCAGGCCAAGGAAGGAGAGAGUGUCACUCUGUGCUGUGUGUUAGCCAAACCUGGAGCCAAGGUCCAGUGGAAUAAAGGCACUGAGAAUCUCAAAGCUGGAGACAAAUAUGAGAUGAAGCAAAAAGAUGCCUCCUGUGAGCUUCAGAUAAAACAUCUAAAGGUUGAAGACAGUGGAGAGUACUCCUGUGAGUGUGGAGACCAGAAGACCACAGCGACUAUAAACGUCAAUGCGUUACCUGUGACCUUCAAACACAAGCUGCAGAGCCAGGAGGCUGAGGAGGGGGGCAGUGUUACCCUGCACUGUGAGCUCUCUAAACCUGGGGUCCCAGUAGAAUGGAGGAAGGGAACACAGGUGCUGAAGUCUGGAGAAAAGUACCAGAUGAAGCAGAAAGAAUCUGUGAGUGAACUCCUGAUCAGCAAAGUAGUACCAGAGGACAGUGGAGACUACAGCUGUGUGUGUGGAGACCAGAAGACUACAGCCAGUCUCAAGAUUAAGGCCCAACCUGUGACCUUCAAAUACAAACUGCAGAGCCAGGAGGCUGAGGAGGGGGGCAGUGUUACCCUGCACUGUGAGCUCUCUAAACCUGGGGUCCCAGUAGAAUGGAGGAAGGGAACACAGGUGCUGAAGUCUGGAGAAAAGUACCAGAUGAAGCAGAAAGAAUCUGUGAGUGAACUCCUGAUCAGCAAAGUAGUACCAGAGGACAGUGGAGACUACAGAUGUGUGUGUGGAGACCAGAAGACUACAGCCAGUCUCAAGAUUAAGGCCCAACCUGUGACCUUCAAACACAAGCUGCAGAGCCAGGAGGCUGAGGAGGGGGGCAGUGUUACCCUGCACUGUGAGCUCUCUAAACCUGGGGUCCCAGUAGAAUGGAGGAAGGGAACACAGGUGCUGAAGUCUGGAGAAAAGUACCAGAUGAAGCAGAAAGAAUCUGUGAGUGAACUCCUGAUCAUUAAAGUAGUACCAGAGGACAGUGGAGACUACAGCUGUGUGUGUGGAGACCAGAAGACUACAGCCAGUCUCAAGAUUAAGGCUCUGAAGCAUUCAGCUCCUCCAGUAACUCCCAAACAGGAGGAGCCCCAGAAGGAGAAGGCCAAAAAGGAAGAAGCCUUUAAGCCUGCUGCUCCUGCCACCCCCAAACCGGAGCCCCAGAAGGAGGAGACGGUAGAAAAUAAGUCUGUUGUAGACGCUCAUGCCAUGAAGCCUGCUGCUCUUGCCUCCACCAAACUGGAGCCCCAGAAGGAGGAAGUAGAGAAGAAGACGGUAGUAGAAGCCCCUGCCGUGAUGCCUGCUGCUCCUGCCGCCCUCAAACCGGAACCACAGAAGGAGACAGUAGAGACGAAGACAGUAGUAGAAGCCCCUGAGAUGGAGGUGACCAUAGUGAAGGUCUUGAACAGCUGCUCGGUGCGCGAGGGGGAGGACGUUCACUUUGUGUGCCAUCUGUCCCACGAGAAUGCCAAGGAGGUCCAGUGGAAGCUUGCGGAUGUCCCCCUGCAGAACAAUGAGAUGAAUCUGAUCUGCGCUCAAGGCAAGGUGCACAGUCUCACCCUCAGGGGGGUCACCCAGGCCGACUCGGGCACAGUCACCUUCACUGUGGGCCACCAUACCUCCACCGCCAGCCUGACCGUCCGAGGGGCCCCUGUGGUGUUCAAGAAGGAGCUGCAGAGCCAGGAAGCAGUUGAGGGGGGAAGUGUCUCCCUGACCUGUGAAAUCAGUUCUGAGGGCAAGGUGACAUGGAGAAGGGGCUCCUUGCUCCUCACCCAGGGGGAGAAGUAUUCCAUGGAGCACACAGGUUCUACCUACAUCCUGAUGGUUCACAAGCUGAAGGUCGGGGAUGCUGGAGAGUACACCUGCGAUACCGGGGAUAAGCAGAGCACGGCCACCCUGACAGUCAAAGAGUCUGUACGCAUCACUCGGGAGCUGCACGACAUCACAGUGACCACCGGGCAGGAUGCUGUCUUUGCGUGUGAGUUGUCCCAGGAGGGCGUGACCAACGGAGAGUGGUGGCUAGGGGAUAACCUCCUCCAGAACAAUGACCUGAACCAGAUGACCUGCCAGGGCCGGGUGCACCGGCUGACACUACAGAUGGUCACCACUGACGAGUCAGGGGACGUGGCGUUUGUGGUGGGCGAAGAGAAGACCGUCGCCUGCCUGCUGGUGGAAGAGAAGCCCAAAGUCUUAAUCCUAGAGAAGCCUCAUGACACAGUGGCCCUGGAGGGUGAGACAGUCACCCUGUCCUGCACUGUCUCCGACCCCACGGCCCCUGUCACCUGGAGCAGGAAUGAUGUGGCCAUCAAAGCAGGCCUCAAGUACGACCUGCGGAAGAAUGAAACUCUCCUACAGCUCCGUAUCCACAACCUGGAGAUGGAGGACUCUGGAAUUUACUGCUGCGAUACCGGAGAUGCACAGUGCACCGUCACAUUGACUGUGGAAGGUGCCCCGGCAUUCUUCCAGAAGGAGCUGAAGAACAAGGAAGCUCAGGAAGGCGAUGAUAUCACUCUGCGCUGUGAGCUCUCCAAGGCCGGCGCUCAAGUGGAGUGGAGGAAGGGAGGCGUGGUCCUCCAGGCUGGUAAGAAGUAUGCGAUGAGGCAGGAGGGCUGCGUUCAGGAGCUCCGCAUUCGCAACCUGGAGCCAGAGGACAAUGGCUACUACACCUGCGACGCUGGAGACCAGCUCACCACGGCGUCGGUGGCAGUGCAAGAGGCAGAAGUCCUCAUAGUGUGUGGUCUAAAGAGCACCGAUGUCUUUUUGGGCGAGUGGGCCACCUUCUCCUGCCAGCUGUCCCGCGGCGUGAGGCCCGAGAAGGUGCAGUGGUGGCUGGACGGGACCCUUCUCCAGGACAGCCCCUCAAGCGAGAUAGGGCUGAGCCAGGGCCACGUCCACACCCUCACCCUAAAGGACCUGGCCCCGGACGCCUCGGGCACCGUGACGUUCAAAGCCUGCAGCCUGGUGUCCUACGCCAAGCUCUUAGUUAAAGACCCCACAGUAGAGGUGGUGAGCGAAAUGCAAGACCUGCGGGUGGCUGAGGACCAGCAGGCUGAGUUCAUCUGCCAGUACUCCCGGCCGGUCCAGGCCCAGUGGAAGAGAGACGGUCGGCCAUUGCAGCCUGAUGGCCGGAGGGUGGUAGUUGAGCAGGACUGGACCGUGGCUCGCUUGUACAUUAGCCACGUGUCCACUGAGGACAGGGGGACAUACUCCUGUGAGGCAGAGGGGACCUGCGUGGUUGCCUUACUGGAGGUGGAAGCCAAACCCAUUGAAAUCCUACAAGGCCUGGAGAACAUGGACACCAUCGACGGCGGAGAGGCCCUGUUCGAGUGCUCUAUCUCUCGUUGCGAGAUCAAAGACUGCCGCUGGCUGAUCAACGGCAAGCCGGUGAAGGAAUCGCCCACCACGGAGAUCGUGUCCUUCGAAAGUGGACGUCGCCACCUCCUGCUGCUCAAGGAUCUGCACGUCGGAGACGGCUGCAAGGUGACCUUCCAAGCCGGCACCGCAACAACCUCCGCCAUGCUCAAUGUCAAAGGCUGGCAGCUAGAUGUGGUGAGCGGCCUGGAGGAUAAGGUAGCUGUGGUGGGAGAGACGGUAGAGUUCAGCUGCAUGCUGACUGAGCCUGUGCCUGAGGCGGAGGUAGCCUGGUACUCUAACGGAGCAGAGCUAAAGGCUGAUGACACCUGGGCCAUGCGGGCUGACGGCUGCUCCUACCACCUGGUGCUUAGACAGGUCCCAGCCAUGCCACCACAGGAGAUCACCUUCGCUGCCAGGGACGCCAUCUCCAUGGCCAAGCUCACCAUCAUCACCGUUCCUGACCCCCCGGAGGACCCAGAGCUGGUCAGUAAGAGUAAGCAGGCGGUGACCCUGUCUUGGUUCACACCCCUCAGCGAUGGAGGCAGCCCUAUUCUGGGCUACAGGGUGGAGAUGAGGCUGGCGGACAGUGCCCUCUGGCUGCCGUGCCAUGCAGAGCCUGUGUGUAACACAGAGUUCUCUGCGGAUAACCUCAUCCCAGGGAGCGGCUACAGGUUCAGGGUGGCAGCCAUCAACAGAGCUGGGACUGGAGAACCUGUCCAGCUUCCUCAGAGCAUUCAGCUGGAGGCUCCAGUGACAGUGACCCAGCAGUUGGCCUGUCCAGACGUGCAGGAGGGUAAGAUGGCCCGUGUGGAGUGCCAGCUCUCUGCUGAGGGCAGCUCGGUCACCUGGCUCAAAGACAACAAGGAGCUGGAGUUUGGGGUCAAGUACCAGGUCACCACAGAGGGCAAGACACAAGUGCUGCUGAUCAAAGACUUUGAGUCUGCUGACCAGGGCGUGUACACCUGUGUGGCCUCAGACGAGGCAGAAAGCUCCAUUAAUCUCAACCUACCAACAGGUGGAGAUGGGGUUAAAUUGGAGGAGGGGGCCCAGCCCAGCCUGCCUCCUGAGGCUGCCUCAGAGGGUGACGUCCACGCGCUGUGGGAGGACCUGGCCAAGAAACGCCGUAUGAGCCGAGAGCCCACCCUCGACUCCAUCUCUGAGCUGCCUGAUGAGGAGGACAAGGAGCCCAAGACACCCAAGGGGCCAGUCAAGGAGAAAAAAGCCCCGGAGAAGGUGGAGGUGAAAGCACCAGAGAAACAGAAGGUGUUGGAGCCAAACCUGUACACCAGCUCUGAGGACGAGUCCAGGCCUCCAACGCUGGUGUCCUACCUGAAGAAGAGCAGCAAGUCCUCCCUCUCUGUGUCCGACCAGACAGAGUCCAUCUCCACUGAGAAGUUCUAUGCACAGUUCAAGUUGAAAGAGCAGACCACAGUCCAACAGACCUCAGUCCAACAGACCUCAUCUUCCGUACAGCAGAUCACAGCACAGACCACAGACAUCACGGAGAUCGGUUAUGAGGAGGACGAAGAAAAGGGGCUGCUGGAUGCUGCUGUCAAGAUCCAGGCUGCCUUCAAGGGCUACAAGGCCCGCAAGGACAUGCGUCCAGUCUUCAAGGACGUCUUCAAGGACCAGACCAAGGAACCCAAUGGCACCAUCCACCUGGAGUGUGUGGCGGAGGGCAAGCCAGACAAGGUGCGCUGGCUGAAGGAUGGCGAGCACCUGGCGGACGGCAAGCACCACCACAUCGACAUUUACAACGACGGCACCUGCUCUCUGGUCAUCACCGCCGUCACCACCAAGGACACGGGCGUCUACACAUGUGAGGUCACCAACAAGUUUGGGGUGACCACCCACAGUGGCAAAGUGACGGUGGGCUCGGCCCGGGAGGCAUCUGGAAGGAGGCCACUGACCAUGGGCUACAGUGCCGACAGCGAGGCGGAGAGCUCGUCGGCAGAAAGCGAGAUGGACGAGUCUCUGAGGCAGGCCAGCAAACGGCUGCGCCACCUCCUCCGCCCCCGCCUGCCGGCCACGUCGGAGGAGGAGUCGUUCGUCAGCUGUGAUGAUGAGGGUGAGCUGCAGGCGCCCAACCCUAAAUCGUACCGCGAGGACGAGCGCUACAUCUACAUCCGCUUCGACACACGGUCUGAGGCCCAGGUGGCAUCUCAGCGCUUCAAGGAGAUGUUCACGGCCCAUGGGGUCCCUGUGGAGACCACCAUCCAGGAGGCUGGACCUCUCAAAGUGGAGCUGCGCAUCAUGAAGAUGGGAUACACCCAAGAUGGUUCUGCAACACCCACACAGGAGAAGCAGCUGCCUGCGUUCAUGACAGGAGCCCCCGCGGCCCCAGUCUUCCUGACUGAACUCCAGAGCCAGGACGUGCCUGACGGUUACCCAGUCAGCUUCGACUGCGUGGUGAUUGGGAAGCCUCCACCCAGUGUGCGUUGGUUCAAGGAUGGUAAGCUGCUGGACGAGAACGACCACUACAUGAUCAACGAGGACCAGGAGGGCUGCCACCAGCUCAUCAUCACCACCGUGCUGCCCUCUGACAUGGGCGUCUACCGCUGUAUGGCCGAGAACACCAGCGGCAUCGCUGCCACCAAGGCUGAGCUCAGGGUCGACAUGUCUUGCAGCUCAGACUACGAUACUGCAGCUGAUGCCACUGAGACCGGCUCCUACAUCAGUGCUAAGGGCUACAUGUCUAGGGAAACGGAAGCCUUUGAGUCUGUGGUAGAGGAUGAGCAGAUGCCACAAGUACUGGAAGAGCUCCAUGACGUGCACGUCACCCCAGGCUCACCCAUUGCUAAGAUGCAGCUGAAAGUCAAAGGGUUCCCCAGUCCAAGGGUGUACUGGUUCAAGGACGGCCACCCGCUGCGUUCCUCAGACAGGAUCCUGCUGCUGGACAAGAGAGACAUCCACAGCCUGGAAGUCCUGGAGGUGAAGAGGGAGGACACAGGAGAGUACUCUGCCUACAUUAGCAACGCUGCUGGAUCAGCAUACUCCUCUGCUAGGCUGCUGGUUCUGGGUCUAGGAGAGCUCACGCCUGUAGAGAAGCACGAUCCCAAGGUGCCUCUGGUGCCGCCCCGCUUCCUGGAGAGGUUCAGCAACAGGAAGGUGAAACAGGGAGCCAGUGUCACCAUGUCUGUCAGAGUGGAAGGUUCUCCCACCCCCAUGGUGACGUGGCUGAAAGAGGAGUCUGCUGAGGACGUGUUGUGGAUCAAGCCAGACACUAAGGGCUAUAAGGUGGCCAGCUCUGGGCGCCAACACAGUCUCAUCCUCAUGGAUGUUGGCUCUAAGCACGCAGGCACAUACACCUGCAUCGCCACCAACAGGGCCGGACAGUCCAUCUGCACUGCCCAAUUUGAGGUGGAGGAUGCACCACGACCAAAGGAAGAGAAAACAAUCCCUCUGGGGAUUACUAUCAGCCCUCCAGAAGAAGAUGUUGGCAGAGGAAAAAUGCAGUAUCUAGGUGAAGUUGGAACAGAAGAGUUCCUUAUGAAGCUCACCUCCCAGAUCACGGAGAUGGUAUCUGCCAAGUUCAGCCAAGCCUCACUACGUGUCCCGGGAGGCGAUAGUGACGAUGAGACCAAGACACCCUCCGCCUCACCCCACCACGGUCGCUCUCGCCCCGGCUCCAUUCUCGCUGACUCCUCCUCUGAGUCUGACGACCCUGAUGCCAGGGGAGAGAUGUUUGACAUCUAUGUGGCUACGGCUGACUACAACCCCACCAUCGCCAACAAAGAUACCAUUUCCCUGAAGGAGGGCCAGUAUGUUGAGGUUCUGGACUCGGCACAUCCACUCAAAUGGCUGGUCCGGACCAAACCCACCAAAACCACUCCAUCCCGCCAAGGCUGGGUCUCACCUGCCUACCUGGAUAAGAAACUUAAGCUGUCUGCUGAUGCUGGUGACAUCCCAGAGUCAGGUGGAGAAGAGGUAUCAGAAGGAGAGUACAGGAAGAGACUACUCCAACUGAUUCAAGACAUGAUCAACAGCGAGGCAGAGUUUGUCAAAGAGAUGGACUUCUUCACCUCCCACCACGUCAAGCAAGUGGAGAGUCCUGACGCCCCAUCUGACGUCACCAGCCAGAAGGAGGCCAUAUUCAGGAACAUCAACGAGAUCAAGGCCUUCCAUAGCGAGUCCAUGCUCCCUAAGUUGAGCCACUGCGACACUGAUGACGACGUGGCCAUGCGCUUCCUGAGGAGUGGUGAGGGCUUUGAGAAAUACCUCCAGUACCUCGUAGGCCAGCAAAAGGCAGAGGCCGCUAUCAGUGACAAGACCGUACACCGCUUCUUCAAGGAAUACACAGACAAAGAGCAGGCCAGUGCCGACCCUGCUGAAGGUCCUGUACUGAGCAUCAACGCCUACCUACAGAAACCUCUGGACAGAAUCCAGAAGUACAAGGCCUUGCUCAAGGAGCUGAUCAGGAACAAGGCCAGGAACGGUCAGAACUGCUGCCUGCUGGAGGAGGCCUAUGCCAUGGUGUCAUCACUGCCUCAGCGUUCAGAGAACACACACCACGUCUCCAUGAUAGAGAACUACCCUGCCACUCUGGAUGUAUUGGGGGAGCCCAUCAGACAGGGACCCUUCAUGGUGUGGGAGGGUGCACCUGGGGUAAGGUCCUCCUCCAGAGGUCACCAUCGACACGCGUUCCUCUUCAAAAACUAUGUCAUCAUCUGCAAAUCCAAGAGAGACACCAACACAGACACUCAGGGCUACGUCUUUAAGAACAUGAUGAAGCUGAACAACAUAGAUGUGAAUGAGACAGUGGAGGGUGACGACCGGGCCUUUGAGAUCUGGCACGAGCGUGAGGACUCUGUCAGGAAGUACACGCUGCAGGCUCGCACUGUCAUCAUCAAGAACUCCUGGCUGCGAGACCUCAGGGACCUGCAGCAGCGCUACACCAUGCCUGCCUGGAGUAUGCCUGACUUUGAUGAGCUUCUGGCUGACUGCACAGCGGAGCUGGGACAGACGGUGAAACUGGCCUGCAAGGUUACUGGAGUGCCCAAACCUGUGGUCACUUGGUACAAGGACGGGCGUGCAGUGGAGGCCGACCCUCACCACAUCAUCAUCGAGGACCCUGACGGUUCCUGCACCCUGAUCCUGGACAACAUGACGGCUGAUGACUCUGGACAGUACAUGUGCUUCGCCACUAGCACAGCAGGCAACGCCAGCACUCUAGGAAAGAUCACUGUCCAAGUGCCUCCUCGUUUCGUGAACAAGAUGAGGAAUGCUGUCCUUAUCGUUGGUGAGGAUGCUCAGUUCUCCUGCACCAUUCAGAGCGCCCCCAGACCCAAGAUCAGGUGGUUCAAGGAGGGCAGACUGCUGACUGACCAGGAGAAGUAUCAGACCUACACUGAGUCCCGUAGUGGAGUCCUGGUGCUGGUCAUUAAAGGCCCUACGGAGAGAGACCUGGGACACUACGAGUGUGAGUUGUCCAAUCGACUGGGCAGUGCUAAAUGUGCAGUUGAUCUGUGCCUUCCUUCUGCUGUGGCUAGAAGAGGAGAGCAGGCCAUCACCAUCGAAGUCACCGAGCAGGAGACUAAAAUACCAAAGAAAACCAUCAUCAUAGAGGAGACCAUAACUACGGUGGUGAAGAACACCCGUAUGAAGCGUCGCGGCGUGUCUCCAUCCGGGUUCAACCGCUCCGAAACCUCCACCCCAGAUCUCCCCACCACCCCCACAGGCAUGGCCAGGCAGAGGAGGCAGGCUUCCGCCAGCAGGAAGACCACCAUCCCCACCCUGUACAUCACGGAGCCCGAGAGGGGCGCUGGGGCCCAGGCCGCAGAGAACAAGUGGGUGGAGGUAGAGGAAAUCAUUGAGUACAAGGUCAACAAGUCGCCCAGGCUAUCCAGGAGGAGAGGGGUCUCCCCAGCUGGAUCGGAGCGAGUGAACACCCCCUCCUCCACCCGGCCACGGAGGUCCCCGAACCCGAACGCCAACAACUCCAACAACAAGCUGGUAGAGCUGCAGAACCGAUCCGAGCUGCAGGGGGCUCAGCCUCUACCCUGGGAUGAGGAGGAGGAGGAUGAGAAUGUGGCUGGACCCAGUGGAGAGGCCUGCGAGGUCUCCUCUGUUCUAAUCCCUAACGACCAUGAACAUGAAGCCUGGCUAGAGGAGCAGCAAGAGACCUUAGUCACAGAACCGGAUGAUGAUGACAACAACAUGGAACCUCUCAGGAAGCUGGGGCCUAAGACCCUGACCCAGGCCGGUCGCGUUCUCACCCUGGAGGACCUAGAGGACUAUGUUCCCAGGGAGGGGGAGACCUACGGCUCCUCCAACACCAGCCCCUCCCCUGCCGAGAGACCCUGUGAGAUCUCUGUGCUUCAGAGGGAGAUUGGGGGCUCUGCCGUGGGCCAGCCGGUGCUGCUCAAUGUGGAGACGUCUGCGUGGGUGCUCAGGGAGAGGCACAGGCCUGGCUUCUUCAGCCGCUUUAGAGAGUACCUCUCAGGCAGCAUGUUCUCCAUGGCUGCCCACCCCCACCACCACCACCCCAACGGAGGCCAGUCUAGAAGGGAGAGAGAGAUUCCCAUCCAGGUCAGCCACACCAAGCUAGAGGUCAAGCCUGCAUAUUGCUCUGAGGUGCAGAGAAUGGAGGGAGGGCAGCAGAGCUACAAAACCAAAGUCUACACGUCAGUGGGCAAGCCAGUCACUCUUCAGAUUAGCAAGAAGAACCCAUAUCAAAACCAAUAACCUAGUAUGUGAAAAUCAGUAGCUGGAUUAGAACCAAGCAGAUUUUUGUUAAUUGGUGAUACGAACAAUAGCCAUUUUAGUCUUAAAUGGGAACAUUUCUACUUAAGUGUUAAAAAGCAUAUUCUAACCUUGCAUUUUAUUGCAAAUGGCGAUCAUUCCAUUUAGAAGCAACCCAUCUGAAAGUAAAAUGCAGACACAGGAAGUCAGUUGUUUUGGUCAGACAGAAAGUCAUUUUUUAAAGGAAAAAACAUCAAAAGGGGGUUGGAUAUGUUGUUUAGGCUAAAUGAUUUCCGAAUGCCAUUGUAUACUAUCCAGGCUUCAAUUUAUUGUUGCCUUUCUUGCCACAUAUUUGAUGUACAGAAAAAGACAGAAUAAGUUUUGCAACAUAGACUGACACCAUUUUAAAGGAAAGAAAAUUCAACUGCUUUACCCGCAGGUGACAGAUGUUUUAUAUGUCAACAUCUUGAUGUUAAACUUCUGUUCUGUAGAACAUCAGUACAGUACUAUAUUUCUGUCUGUGUGUUGUCUCUGAAGUUUAAUGAACAAGGAAUAUCCACCUUGACUUUUAGCGUAUCAGUUUGUAAAUAGGCUAACUAACUCCUGUGAAAGGAAAACAGUUUGUCUCGACAGUAACUUACCAAACCAAUGACUUCAGCAACAAAGAUGACAUUGUACAAAAGGGCAGUCCGAUUUGAAAUGUUAUGGAGAAGGUGUAAUUCUGGGUUAAUAUUACCCAACAAAAAAAACGUUGACAAGAUUGAUAGAAGUACAAAAGAGCAUUGAUUACCGAAGUUGCUGGAUUGUGUGAAACAUUGACGAUGUUCUUUCAACAGCAGUCACUGUCUGCUUGAGAAUACAAGAAAGCCAGAUUAAAGCCAGAUACAUGGAUCAUUGAAUUGUACUUCAGAUUAGGCUUGGCUGUCCUAUGCAGAAGUCUAGAAUUUUCUAGAUGGGCAGUUACAUGUUGUGCAGUGCUGAUACUUUUACAUUAACUGUAUAUUACUCACGUGGUGUGGACUGUGGAUUGAUAUAGGUCUAUGAUUGUGUUAUACAGGUCUCGUAUAAAGGGUCUCUGUUUACUUUAGGUUAUAUACAUCCAAAACAUAGACCUAUAUAGGAUAUUUCAUUUUGAACUGGGUCAUUUGUUUUAUAGAAAGGCACUUCAUUAUCAGUUUCUUGAGAGCAAUGAAAAGUGGUCCUCUGUAGCUCAGCUGGUAGAGCACGGCGCUUGUAACGCCAAGGUAGUGGGUUUGAUCCCCGGGACC